AUGUCACAAUCUUCAAUUAAUAUAGAAAAUAUUAGUUUUGAAAAUGAUACUUUUGAAAAUAAUACUUUUGAAGAUAAUAAUUAUAAAGAUGCUAUUUAUGAAGAUAAUUCUAUUGAUGAAUCUAAUAUCUCUCAAAAUAUGAAAAUUGAUGCUAUUGCCAAAUCUCAAGAUAUAAAAAUUAAUUUUAUAGAUAUAAAUAAUAUUGAUGAUAUAGAUGAUCAACCAAGUUCUAAAAAAACAAAAAGACCACUUCUAACUGUUUAUAAAUACUAUAGAUAUAAUAAAAAAACAAAACAAUUUAAAUGCAAGCUUUGUUUGUAA